AUGUGUUUAUUUUUUUCAUUUAAACGUGUCAGGACAUCAUCGAUUGAUUCGCAAAAAGUUCCAACAGAACACGAAGGUGGUCGUACGGAGCUGGGCCAGUUUGAAGGCGACAUCACCUUGUUGAAUUCCGCCGCUGGUACGCACAGUCUGAAUGAUGUAAAGCUUGGAGGAUCGUCUGUGUCAUUUUUCUUCGAGACAGGGAGACAUGUGAUGACCUUGAUGCCUUUGCUCUCGCAGUGUUUCACAAUCAUGGACAAAGUUGAUAAAUUUGAUGUUGUUAAACAGUUUAGACUGAGCAAAAAAACCGAGAAAACCAGACCGCUGCUUGUCAGGCUGAAGUCUAAUGGAAAAAAUUAUAAAUUAGAUGCUGAUGGCUUUGGACGUGUUAAUGGUGAUGCUGACGAAACUUUAUCUGUUGAUAAUGAUCUUAAACUUACUGUUCAUUUGGGUUUGUUAAACAUUAGAUCUAUAUUAUCCAAGUUUAAUGUAAUUUUUGGUUUAAUCUCUGAAGGAUUGGAUAUAUUUGUUGUUGCAGAGACCUGGCAUGGAUCUUCUGACAGCCUAUCAGUGGGAUUAUCGUUGCCUCCGGGUUAUCGUUUUAUAGAUGCGGUUAGGGCUGGUGAUCCUUUCCAUGGAGGUUUGAUAAUAUUUCUUGGACCGUCUUGCAAGUAUAGACGGAUUGUUGUGCCUACAGUCACUACGUUUGAGGUUUUAGCAGUUAAACUUAUUAUUGAUCGACAGGAUUUUAUAUUAUUGGCUGUGUAUCGACCGGGUUCGGUUCAACCUUCGGUGCUGUUUUUUAAAGAGUUAACGGUUGUUCUUGAUAGUAUAACGGUUUUGAAUUCUAGGAUAGUACUGGCAGGAGAUUUCAACAUUCAUGUUGAAAGAGGUAGUGACACUCACGCGGCGACUCUGGGGGAUAUAUUUGAAAAUUAUUGUUUAGUCAAUCACACAAAGGAACCAACUCAUAUUCUUGGUGGCACACUUGAUCUAGUGGUCACUUCAGUAGAUUUUCCAGUUAUAGACUGCAAAGUGAAGGGCCAGGAAUGCCCUGGUUCGUUCAAGGCAGCCGACCAGCCUCCGGCUGGUUCAUCUGCUUCCGCGCGACCGCCGCUUACCGCUGCACCUGUCAUCAACCCUCAUGUUGCUACACGCGGUUCUUCGGCAUCGGUCUCGGAGAGUCCCUCCCAAGUGGAUUUUUUUCAUGUUUUUGACAGGCUGACGGUCGUUUUGAGGACUGCCCAUCUGUAUGAUCACGUUCCCAAACCGUGCAGAGACAAGGUAUCUAAAGCAUUGUCGGCUUUAUUGACGGCCGUUUGCGAUGAUCCCUGCGACGCGACCCAUUGGUGCAGGCUCCAAUGUUUUUUCGCAUUUGUUUUGUUCAAGCCAACCAGGGGCGGUCGCAGGACUAAUCAAGCCAAUUACGUUAUUAAACGGUUGGCCGAAUUCAGUUCGACCGAGGUCGAGUUUAUUGUGGCAAGCUUCAACACUGACCACAACACCAAACCGCGUAAGCACAAUCCAAACAGUUGGAUUAGUGCAGUAACCACUCGGAUUGAACAGGGCAGUCUCUCGGCGGCCGUCAGACUUGCUUGUUCGCCCGCAGGCCUGGCGGAGAGCUCGCCUGAGACACUCGCUAAACUCAAAGCUAUUCAUCCCAGUGCUCCAUUGAACAGGCGAGCUUUCCCCGCGCAGGAGCCGUCCAAUGGUCGCGUUUCACCAGCCCAGGUGUUGACGGCUUUAAAGUCGUUUAAUAAUGGUUCAUCGGGAGGCCUUGAUGGUUUGAGGCCUCAGCACAUAAAGGAUUUACUUUCCGGUCCGACGCCCACCGAUGAAUUGUUAAAUAACCUCACCCG